AUGGCGAAUUCUGCUUCCCGCAUUCGACCUCCUGCUUUACCUGUAUCUCGAACAUGUAUCUGGAAGACUGUCGGUGAAGUCAGAAUAGCACUUGACAUUUACCUUCCUAGCAGCAAUGAUGGUACUAAUCAUCCCAUCAUGCUGUACAUCCAUGGCGGAGGAUGGAUUGCAAGCAACAAGACUGAUUAUUCUCGGCCUCUAUUUCAUAAGUUCCUUGCUCUUGGGUUCGUCAUUGUAUCAAUGGACUACAGGUUGCUCCCCGAAACGACAUUUGAUGGCCAACUGGAAGAUAUACGCGAUGUCGAGUCAUGGCUCAAGAACAACCUUCCUUUAGAACUUGAAGAGAUUAACUUCAAAGUUGCCACGGACAAGAUUGUGGUUGCUGGGGCCUCUGCAGGCGCUCAUUUAGCUCUCUUGACACCAAAACUCUGGUCUACCCUUCCAGCAUCCAUACUAUCAUUAUAUGGCCCCACAGAUAUGCGCCGAGUUCCAUAUCUUCGACGCGGACGACUAUCACAAUGCGACGCACCUUCCUGUACUCCGGAAGUUCUGGCUGCCGCAACGAAUUAUGGAAAGCCACCGACGGACAUGGGAUGUUCGAAUAUACCAUUAGGAUUUUCAACCCCGAGGAGUCAAAUAAACUUGAUGAUGUUUCGCGAAGGGCUUUCGGCCGAAGUACUACUAAAAGGCCUGAUAAGAGGUGAAGAUGGGGCUUUGCGAAUGCCAGACAAAGGCUCCGUCACUUCAGAAGAGAUCGAUGAGAUCAGCCCUCUGCAACUAUGCCAAAGAAUCAGGUAUCCGCCAAUCUACCAAGUCAUCGGUACUUCAGAUGACAUCUUUGAUACCUAUCACGUGACAGAAUUCCACGAUGCUCUCACAGCUCAAGGCAUUCAUUGUGAGAAGGUUUUGGUACCAGAAAAAGGUCAUGCAUUCGAUGUCUACGAAAAAGUUGGAGGCGAAGUCCAUACAAAGAUCCUUAAUCCUGCUGCGGAAUGGGCUGCUGCUUUCGCUCUUGGACCAGGAGGUCACAGGGUGCGAGCAACUGCAGAUUCUCCGCCUGAAAGCCCGUUGUGCUGUUGCUGA